AUGGCAUUGAGUGUUGAUGAAACUCAAUCGGAGGAUGAGACCUUUGAAGAGAUCACGGCUAGUGAAAGCACACGGGUGCUUACAUCGAUCAAGUGUCCUCCUACCGAUUUGGAACUCAAACCCUUGUCGGAUCAUCUCAAAUAUGCUUAUCUUGAAGGUACAUCUUUCUUACCUGUUGUCAUUUCAUCUUCUUUAUUGGAGGAUGAAAAAUCUAGACUUUUGACCGUCCUGAAGGCCCAUAAAAAGGCCUUUGCAUGGAAGAUUUCCGAUAUUUCGGGUAUAAGUCCAGAAUUUUGCAAGCAUACCAUAAAUUUUGUUGAUAAUGAUAAACCGAUUGUGCAAAGACUAAGGAGAUUAAAUCCAAAUAUGAAAGAUGUUGUUAAAAAGGAAAUCAUUAAGUUGUUAGAUGCGGGAAUCAUAUUUCCCAUUUCGGAUAGUUCUUGGGAAGGGAUUGUUUUGGGACAGAAGGUUUCUAAGGCGGGAUUAGAGGUAGAUAAAGCCAAGAUUGAUGUGAUAACUAAAUUACCUCCACCCACCAAUGUUAAAUCGAUUAGAAGCUUUUUGGGUCAUGCCGGUUUUUAUCGUAGGUUCAUAAAGGAUAUUUCCAAAAUAACCCAGCCAAUGACCAAGUUGUUAGAAAAAGAUGUCAAGUUUGUGUUUGAUAAAGAAUGUCUUGACGCAUUUAACUUGCUUAAGGAGAAAUUGACUAAUGCACCGAUCAUGACUUCACCCGAUUGCAAGACUUUAAAUCCGGCCCAACAAAAUUACACUAUGAGUGAAAAAGAAUUGUUGGCCGUUGUGUAUGCUUUUGAUAAGUUUCGUCCCUACUUGGUGCUUAAUAAGACCAUAGUUUACACCGACCAUUCCGCAUUGAGGUACUUGUUUUCUAAACAAGAUGCCAGGCCCCGUCUCAUCCGUUGGGUCUUGCUUUUGCAAGAGUUUGACAUUGAGUUCAAGGAUAAAAAGGGGGCGAAAAAUGUGGCGGCCGACCAUUUAAGUAGGCUCGAAAACCCUCAUCGUGAGGAGUUGAAUGAGAAUGAUAUUGAUGAUGCAUUUCCUGACGAAGAUUUGAUGCAGAUACAGGAAGGACCAUGGUAUGCAGACAUUGCUAAUUAUCUUGAUGGAAUGAUCAGGAGAUGUGUUUCCGGUGCUGAAACCCGGGAGAUUUUGGAUGCAUGCCACCAUGGCCCUACCGGUGGUCAUUAUGGACCGUCUGUGACUGGUAAGAAGGUAUAUGAUGCAGGAUUUUAUGGCCUACCAUUUUCAGGGAAGCAAAGACUUUGGUGGAAGUUUGUGAUGCUUGUCAACGUCAAGUUUCUUUAUAUUUUGGUAGCUGUUCAUAAUGUGUCCAAGUGGGCCGAGGCUAAAGCCCUUCCAACUAAUGAUGCUAAAGUUGUUAUUGAUUUUUUGAAAAAGUUGUUUAGUCGAUUUGGUGUACCAAAGGCCUUAAUUAGUGAUCGCGGGACACAUUUCGCGAAUCACCAGCUUGCUAAGGUUUUAAAGAGGUAUGGGGUGACCCACCGGUUCUCUACCUCUUAUCACCCUCAAACAAGCGGCCAAGUGGAAAACACAAAUAGGGCGUUGAAAAGGAUUCUUGAGAAAACCGUGCAUGAUAACCCCAAAAUUUGGGCUAACAAGCUUGAUGAUGCCUUGUGGGCGUUUCGAACCGCCUACAAGACUCCAAUUGGUACUACCCCUUAUAAGCUUCUUUAUGGUAAAACUUGUCAUCUCCCGGUUGAGAUUGAGCACAAAGCCUAUUGGGCUUUGCAAAAUUGUAAUAUGGAUUUAAUCUUGGCUGGUGAGAAAAGGUUUUUGCAGUUGUACGAGUUAGAUGAAAUGAGGUUGCAAGCUUAUGACAACUCCAUGCUAUACAAGGAGCGCACAAAAGCUUGGCAUGAUAGAAAGAUCAAGAGAAAGGAGUUCAAAGCCGGAGAUAAGGUACUUUUGUUUCAAUCUAAGUACAAAAUCAAAGCGCCUAAGCUCAAAUCAAGAUGGAUAGGACCGUAUAUGGUUAAGAGAAGUUAUUCGUCUGGAUAUGUGGAGUUGAUUGGCAAUGAUGGGAGUUUUAUUGUGAAUGGACACCGUUUGAAGCAUUACCAUGAAGAAGAUGAAGAAAAUGCGGAGGUGUUCGAGAUUGGCUUUUAUGCCAUCAACAAGUGA